AACCCGAGUCAGUCAGCGAGCAUGCAGUAUUGUGCAGGAGCAGCAGACUCCCCGCAGGGAUCCCCAGGGUUACACAGACUGCUGUUUAGAUGGCUUACAGAGAGCAGUAACUUGGUGAACGGUGCUUCAGACAGUCUGUGAUUAUUCUGUUACCAAGUGUCUCGGGGCACUUACUACGACACGAUGGAGCAAGAAUUUGAAGACAUUGAUUCGUCCGGGAAAUGGCAAAACCUUUACAAUGAGAUCCGCAUCCAAGCCAGCGAAUAUCCUUACAAAGUGGCAAAACUUCCAGUGAAUCGGAAUUUGAACCGCUACAGAGAUGUCAGCCCAUAUGAUCACAGUCGGGUAAAACUCGAAAACUCUGAAAAUGACUACAUCAAUGCAAGUUUAGUCAUGGUAGAAGAAGCCCAAAGAGCUUACAUCCUCUCUCAGGGGCCUUUGAGGAAUACCUGCGGUCAUUUCUGGCUGAUGAUUUGGGAGCAGUGCACCAAAGCUGUUAUAAUGCUCAACAGAGUCAUUGAAAAGGGAUCUGAAAAAUGUGCACAGUACUGGCCCACCACACAGGAGCUCCAGAUGUCUUUCACAGAUACAGGGUUUGUUGUCAGGUUACUUUCUGAGGAGGACCAAUCCUAUUACACAAUCCGAGUCCUAGAACUGCAAAACACAAUGACAGGAGAGUCGAGGGAGAUCUACCACUACCACUACACCACAUGGCCUGACUUUGGUGUCCCAGAAUCUCCCGCCUCCUUCCUCAACUUCCUCUUCAAAGUUCGGGAGUCCGGCUCGUUGGGCCCGGAGCACGGGCCCUCAGUUGUGCACUGCAGCGCUGGGAUUGGACGCUCUGGGACAUUCGCCUUGGUGGACACCUGCCUGGUCCUGUUGGACAGGAGGAAGAACCCAUCAUCAGUCGACAUACAGAAGGUGCUGCUGGACAUGAGGGAAUACCGCAUGGGCCUGAUCCAGACCCCGGACCAGCUCCGCUUCUCCUACAUGGCAGUCAUCGAGGGAGCCAAGCUCAUCCUGACAGACAACUCAACAGUACAGCAGAACACACAGAGACUGAUGUCUAAAGAAGACUCUGAGCCAGAUCUGCCCCCUCCACCACCUCCACCCAGACCUCACUGCAACGACAGCAGGCCCAAUGGUCAGCCAGGGCUCUGCCUGGAGCCACAAUUUGCCUCAGGAGACCAAAUCCUGGCAGGAGAGCCAGACAGCCAAGAUCACAACAUGGCAGAGAACUCUGGGCAUGUCAGAAAGCGACACCGUGAGGAGAGGAUUGCCAGCACCUCACAGAAGGUCCAGCAGAUGAAACAGAGACUGACCGACUCGGAGAGGAAACGAGAGAAGUGGCUGUACUGGAGACCCAUUCUGCUCAAUGUUGGUGCCGGGGCAGCUUUGGCUGUAGGCCUGCUUGUGUGCUGGAUGUACUCCCAGUGAGACACUCUGGGUCACUUAAAACUGACUCCUAUUUUGCACCAGUACCUGGGAUUAGGUACUUCUCUAAGUAGAUUUAGAUGGUAAUAUGUGCAUAACUGAGGGUAUUUAUUUCUUAAGGUCAAAAUGCAGGACCUCUAGAUCAAAUGAUUGUGUGUGUAUAUUUUUCAUGUAAGAUCUUAACAAAAAUAGUAACAUCUCAGGAUCUUGGUGCCAGCACGAUGAUUUAGUAUUCUUUCCUUCUUGUCACUGUUAAUGAAUGUACUGUAUCAUAGCAAAUUGCUUUGAAAGAAACUUACUAAAGGUGCAGUACAGCGCAAAGGAAAAUAUUCUGACAGGUUUGUUUUUGUCAAAUGUGUGUUGAUCAUCGGUGGACACAAUGAAACUUGUGUUGAUGGUCCAUCCCACCAUAGCUAUUUAGGAGGACUAGAGCCCAGAGGUUAGCUAUGAUGUUUUUCUGUUUGUUUUUUUUGUUUUUUUUUCUGCAAAGAUAUUUGCAUUUCAUGCAUGCAUUUAGAGGUUUUCUAAAGCACCACUUGUUCUUCCAUUCACAUUUAGCAGGGCAUCCAAAUACGGCCAGAUAUAUAUUUUUGUGUGACUGGACACUUGAUGGGGAGCUGCCUUGCUGAUGUUUCAAACUCUGCCAGAAUGUUAACCUUUUUAUUUUCUGUUGUAUGAGCACGUUUUUUUUUUUUUCAUAGGUUUUGCUUGUCACAUGGAUGAUACAAACUGUUGGGUCCCCCUCACUGCUUAGUUGCGUGUAUUUACCCACUGGAUGGGUUCAUGUGUGUAUUGUCAGGUUAUCCCACUGUUGUUUUUGAGGAAACCAAAGCAAAGCGGUCCGUUUUUUGUUUUGUUUUGUUUUUUUGAAAGUUGCAGCCCGUGAAGCUGUUCAAGUGAUGAAACCUUGUACUCCCUUUAUGUGGAAUGUAUUUUCUGUUAGAUCUCUGACAUAACUGACAUCCCUGUAUUACAAAGUGAUAGUCAUAGUAGUGUAGCGUGUGACUUCUUCAUUUAAGCCCAUGGUAUCACCUAAUUGGUUUUCACUUGACAGGGACCAAUCUAAAGCUAUAAUAGUGCAAUUUAAAAGUUGGAGCAGAGCACCUUGGAUUAAAGCCCAUGUAGGAGACUGAUAGCAUACCCAUCUUUACCUGUUUAUUUGCUGGUUGAGAUAGCUUUUAAUGUGCCUUGAAGUUAAUUAAAUGGAAAAACGUGUGCUCCAAGGUUUCCUAGCAUGAUCAAAGCAGAAAAUGGUUGAUGUGAGCUGUGUUUCCCACAUAACACGAGUAACAUGUUGGCACUGUACUGACUGUUUUGUAGUAACUGGGGGUGUGAUAGAGUAAAGUUUAGUUGAUCAUUUGCCGAAUGUCAUUAGCAUGCGCUGAAAUGAUGUGUUGCUGAUUGGCUAGUUAGCACUGUUGGACAUGACUUUUACUCAGCUGUCGUUUAACCCAGAAGAUAUAUUUGACCAUAACAUUCCAUUCAUGUUUGUUUUUCCACAUAAGAUUUCAGGGGAGUUUUGUACACUGCUGCAUGGCAGUGAGAAUAUGUCUGAUGGUGUUUUGAAAAAAAAAAGCGAACAAAACACAGAAAAUACUUACUAAAAUAAAACAUUCAUUGUUUGUUUUUUUUUGUUUUUUUUUUACCAAA